UUCCUCUCGUGCCUGGGCGGUCUGCUCUUCGGGUACGACACCGGCGUCAUCUCGGGCGCCUCCCUCCUCCUCAAGGAGCGCUUUCGCCUCGGCGCCGUCGAGCUGGAGGCGGUCGUCUCGUCGACCAUCCUCUUUGCCGCGCUCGGCUCGCUCGCCUCGGGCCCGAUAAAUAUGCGGCUGGGGCGGCGCCCGACCAUCCUCCUCGGCUCGGCCACCUUCACCCUCGGCGCCCUCCUCAUGGCCGCCUCCGCCUCGUUUGGCACGCUCGUCCUCGGCCGGGUCAUCGUGGCCGUCGGCCUCUCCUCGGGGACGGUGCCGAUGUUCAUCGCCGAGGUUGCGCCGACCGCGAUGCGCGGCAAGCUCGUCGCGCUCAACAACGUGUGCAUUGUUAGCGGGCAGGUCCUCGCGGGCCUCGUCGACGGCUCCUUCGCCCUCGUGCCGGCGGGCUGGCGGUACAUGCUCGGUCUGGCGGCCGUGCCCGCGGUUGUGCAGCUGGUGGGGAUGGCCUUUAUGCCAGAGUCGCCGCGCUGGCUGCUCGAGCAGGCGCCGAGACGAGCCGUGACGAGCCGAGAUUCGCCGAGAUUCGCCGAGAUUGCUGCUCGUCGAGCAGCCGAGACGCGAGAUUGUGCCGAGACGCGAGAUUGUGCCGAGAUGUGCUCCGAGGUGCGGCCGAGGUGCGGCCGAGAGAUGGGGAGAGAUGGUGUCGGGCUGCAGGCGCUGCAGCAGCUGGUCGGGAUCAACACGAUCAUGUACUACUCGACGCCGAUCCUGAGGCAGGCCUUCUUCUCGGGCGCGGUCAGCGAGGAGGAGCGCGCGUUCGUCAUCUGGCUCUCGGCGCCGGUCGCGUGCGGGCAGCUCGUCGGCUGCAUCGUCGGCAUGCUGCUCAUCGACCGCGUCGGGCGGAGGCCGCUCGUCCUCUCGUCGCUCGCCCUCUGCGCCCUCUCCCUCGCCCUGCAGGGCAUGUCGCCCACCCCCUACCCCCACUGUACCCGAACCCAUCCCCUACCACCGCCAGGCAUGUCGCCCAUCCCGUGGACCGUCAACUCGGAGAUCUACCCGCUCUCGGUGCGCUCGCUCUGCGUGGGAAUCGCGACCGCGACCAACUGGACGGUCAACUUUGUCGUCGCCGCCUCCUUCCUCUCGCUCGAGCAGGCGAUGGGCGCCGCGGCGACCUUUUGGAUGUACGGCGCCUUUGCGGCGGCCGGCCUGGUGUGGCUCUGGUUCGCGCUGCCCGAGACGGCGAACAAGUCGCUCGAGGAGAUUGAGAAGCUCUUCGAGCGGCGCUCG